CUACUAAAUCAUUGACCCGUUUAUAAACAGCUGCCUCCCCUUCCAUCAUCUGCAUGUCAUACCUUUUUGCUCACAAGUUUGAUACCCAUACCUAAACAACACAAAACAACACAUUCAUCAUGUCUGCCAACUCUACCAUCAACGUCAAGAACAUCGCCCCCGCCACUAGCGACAGCGAGAUCAAGGACUUUUUCAGCUUCUGCGGAAAGAUCCAAGAUCUCAAGGUCUCUCAGGACGGCGAGACAAAGUCCGCAGAGGUCAUCUUCGAGAAGGAGACCGCCAAGAAGACUGCUCUCCUCCUCAACAACACCCAGCUCGGCACAAACCACCUUGAGGUCACCAGCGCCACCGCCGAUGGCGAAGACGAUGUCCCUACAACCAAGAACACUGAUCGCGACUCGGACGAGAUCACUCAGGAGGAGAAGCCCCGCGCCCGCAUCCUCGCUGAGUACCUCGCCCACGGCUACGUCGUAGGUGACGCCGCCAUCCAGCGCGCUCUUGACCUCGAUGCCACCCACGGCGUCACCAACCGCUUCUUCUCCACCCUCAAGGGUCUCGACGAGAAGUACCACGCCACCGACCGGGCCAAGGCCACCGAUGAGAGCUACGGAAUCUCCCAGCGCGCCAACAGCAUGUGGCUCGGCUUGAGCUCUUACUUUGAGAAGGCCUCCAACACACCCACCGGCAAGAAGAUCGCCGAGUUCUACACCGAGGGCAGCCGACAGGUCCAGGAGGUCCACGCUGAGGCUCGUCGUCUUGCCGAUCUCAAGAAGGAGGAGCACGGUGGAAGCGCCUACAAGGCUGCUGGUCUUGAGAAGGUCUUUGGCAAGGAGAAGACUUCUGGUACUGCCGCUCCUGAGGCUGGUCAUGGUGCUCUAGGAACAUCAGUGCCCGCUGUCUCUGCGGACAACGGUCCCAAUGUCAGCGCUCCCGAGGCUGGUGAGAAGCACUAAACGAAAAAAAUAUUGGAGGAAAGGUUAAUCGAGGAUGGAUAUUCUUUUGGCAGCCCUGAUGAGAUAGUAUUAUGUGGCUUUGUUUAGCCUGUUGACGAAUUCUUACGACUUUUUACGCACGGCACAAUCGAUUAAUACAAUGGUUUCUUGAACC